AUGGGCAACAAACAGGAGGAGCUGGAAGCUGUUGUGCAGCAGAAAAACUAUGAUACAGUUGCCAUCACGGAAACAUGGUGGGAUGUCUCACACAGCUGGAGUGCUGCAAUGGAUGGCUAUAAACCCUUCAGAACAAGUACUCAGCCCCCUGAGCUGGAAGACAGGGACGAGGAGCAGAAUGAAGCCCUCGUAAUCCAAGAGAAGUGCACUUCUACUAAUGAGUGUGAUAUUGUAGAAGGUUCACAGGGAAUUGCAGGAAUUCUUCAAUGGGUGAAGCUGAUAGAUAACUUUGAGGCUGAGUAUGAGUAUGUCACCAAUGAAGGAACAGUGUUCACUUUCAAGACAAACCGACAUUCUCCGAAUUACCGAUUAAUCAACAUUGACUUCAGUGACCCAGAGGAAUCCAAAUGGAAAACUCUCGUCCCUGAACAUAAAAGAGAUGUUCUAGAAUGGGUUGCUUGUGUGAGGUCCAACUUCCUGGUUUUGUGCUAUCUGCACGACGUGAAGAACAUCCUGCAGCUUCAUGACCUAGCGACUGGCACACAUCUCAAGACUUUCCCUCUAGAGGUUGGCAGUAUUGUGGGAUAUAGUGGCCAAAAGAAGGACACCGAAAUAUUCUAUCAGUUUACUUCCUUUUUAUCUCCAGGUAUUAUAUAUCACUGUGAUCUGACCAAAGAGGAACUGGAGCCAAGAGUUUUCCGGGAGGUGACUGUGAAAGGAUUUGAUCCUUCAGUUUACCAGACAAUUCAGGUUUUCUACCCUAGCAAAGAUGGUACUAAGAUCCCAAUGUUUAUUAUUCACAAGAAAGGCAUUAAAUUAGAUGGUUCUCAUCCUGCCUUCUUGUACGGGUAUGGAGGCUUCAACAUAUCAAUUACACCAAGCUACAGUGUGUCAAGACUUAUUUUUGUGCGACACCUAGGGGGUGUUCUAGCGGUGGCGAACAUCAGAGGUGGUGGUGAAUACGGAGAGACCUGGCACAAAGGUGGUAUCUUGGCCAACAAACAAAAUUGCUUUGAUGACUUUCAGUGUGCUGCCACAUACCUCAUCAAGGAAGGCUACACAUCCCCAAAGAAGCUGACUAUUAAUGGAGGCUCAAAUGGGGGCCUCUUAGUUGCUGCCUGUGCUAAUCAGCGCCCCGACCUCUUUGGUUGUGCUAUUGCCCAAGUGGGAGUGAUGGACAUGCUCAAGUUCCACAAGUACACCAUUGGCCAUGCUUGGACCACUGACUACGGUUGCUCCGACUGUAAAGAGCAGUUUGAAUGGCUGUGCAAGUACUCUCCGCUUCACAAUAUCAAACUGCCGGAAGACGAUGGCAUCCAGUAUCCCUCCACGCUGCUUCUCACAGCUGACCAUGAUGAUCGUGUGGUCCCUCUACAUUCACUGAAGUUUAUCGCUACUCUGCAAUAUGUCGUGGGCCGAAGCCGUAAACAAACCAAUCCACUUCUCAUCCAUGUUGACACCAAGGCUGGGCACGGAGCAGGAAAGCCAACUGCUAAAGUUAUAGAAGAAGUGUCAGAUAUGUUUGCUUUUAUAGCACGAUGCCUAAAUCUUGAUUGGAUUGAAUAGGCAAAGUGCUUAUUACUGUCUCUUUUAGAAAACAAGGGCUUUAACACCAGUUAAGACCAACCAGACUACUACUUGGUGUAGUACUUACAUUUAAGAACUGCAGUUUAAUAUUUUGUUGAUCCAACCUGCUAUGGAGUUUUAAUCUUCUGUGCUUCCCUCUUUUUAGCAUUUCUUUGAAUUUCUUUUCUACUGCGUUCCAAAGUACAUUUUGAAAAGCAUGUUCAAAUAAAUAGCUGAGCUACUGUCGGUGCUGUUGUGAACAUUUAGAUUCCAGGGCUAGUGCUAGUUGAGCUUAUUUCCUGUAAACAAUUUUAAUGUAUUUUGCACCUGUAAUCAUAUCCAGAUCAUCUGUAAUUAAAUGUAAGUACUGUCCACAUACAAGAACUCUGAGCAUACUUUAUUUACACAGUAACUUAUUUAAGAAUGUAAAUUGAAGGUAUUCAGUAAUAACCAUGAAAUACUGAAGAGACAGUAAUUUGGGUAAUGAAGUCAAAUAUUAUUAAAAAGCUUAUAUUACAUGCUGUUCAUAA